AUGAGGAAGAUGGCGGCGUCCAGGGGAGGCUGAUGGCUCCAGGGAGGCGGUGAGAGGUUUCCGUACAGCCCAAGCGUUCGUCUUGAGGAUCCCUUCGCUCUGUUUCCCGCCCUCGAGUUUCUCGCCGCGCGUCCUUCCAAGCCGCCGGGCACUAUGUGGAGGAGCUGCCUCCGGCUGAAGGACCGGGGACGCCACCUCCUGAACCGGCCUUCAGGUGACCCCACCACCUUAGUGAGACCGGGGUCACUCCCCCAGUUCCCGGCCCGGGCCUAUGCCCCACCGACAGAAAGGAAGAGGUUUUAUCAGAAUGUCAGCAUCACACAGGGUGAAGGCGGCUUUGAGAUAAACCUGGACCACAGGAAGCUGAAAACUCCCCAAGCCAAGCUCUUUACUGUUCCCAGUGAGGCCCUGGCUAUUGCAGUCGCCACUGAAUGGGACUCCCAGCAGGAUACCGUCAAGUUCUACACUAUGCACCUGACCACAUUGUGCAACACAUCCUUGGACAACCCUACCCAGCGAAACAAGGACCAGCUGAUCCGGGCGGCUGUGAAGUUUCUGGACACAGACACCAUCUGCUACAGGGUGGAAGAGCCAGAGACAUUAGUGGAACUCCAAAAGAACGAGUGGGAUCCAAUUAUAGAAUGGGCUGAGAAAAGAUAUGGAGUGGAGAUUGGCUCCUCCACCAGCAUAAUGGGACCCAACAUCCCCACCAAGACUCGGGAGGUAUUCAUCAGCCACUUGGCGUCUUACAACAUGUGGGCCCUACAAGGAAUUGAGUUUGUAGUGGCUCAGCUCAAGUCCGUGGUGCUGACUUUGGGUCUGAUUGACCUGCGCCUGACGGUAGAGCAGGCCGUACUGCUGUCACGCCUUGAGGAAGAGUACCAGAUCCAGAAGUGGGGCAACAUUGAGUGGGCCCACGACUAUGAGCUGCAGGAACUGCGGGCCCGCACUGCGGCUGGCACACUCUUCAUCCACCUCUGCUCGGAGAGCACCACAGUCAAGCACAAGCUCCUGCAGGAGUGAAGCCUGCACUGCAUGUGCCAGCUGGGAUGGAGCCAGCACAGCUGCAGCUUCCCCAGCCUGACCCUUCCUGUCUGUGGGAUCCCUGGACCUGCAGAGCUCCCCCAGCCAUACCUGGAGGCUCUCCUGGUCUUUGGACCUUGGCCCCACUCAGCGUCACCCUGAGACGCCCAGAGACACAGUGUGGCUGUCUGGAGGUCAGCCUGAUUCCAAACCAGGUGCGCCUGGCCAGCAGCACGUGAGGGGAUGAGCUAUACAAAUGACUUUCUCUCCAUUUUGAUUUUAUUAAAUAUUGCUCCACUGCAGAAACUUGUUGAGCCUUGUUUUGGUCUGUGCCUCUGCAUUUCUCCAUUGCUGUUGUUU